AUCUUAUGACCAAACCCAUGAAACAGCUCUGCACACGCCGGUUCUGCUGGAGAGGGGACUCGGAACUCACCGCCAUGGGCUGUCUGGGCCGAGCUCCACUGGUGCUUCUGCUCAGCAUCUGGUGUUGGGUCGCGGCCGCCCAGCGGCCCCUCGUCCUCAUUACCUGGCCCUACCACGACGCUGCGGAGCAGGCAUGGAAGACUCUUAUGAGUGGUGGAUCGGCACUGGAUGCAGUGGAGAAAGGUUGCAGCCAAUGUGAGAUUGACCAGUGCCGUGGCACUGUAGGAUAUGGAGGAAGUCCCGAUGAAAUCGGUGAGACAACGUUGGAUGCACUGAUAAUGAAUGGUGACACGAUUGAGGUUGGCGGAGUUGGAAACCUUCGAAGGAUUAAGAGUGCGAUUAGUGUAGCUCGGGCAGUGAUGGAGCAUACCACUCAUUCACUGUUGGUAGGGGAGUCAGCAUCAAUUUUUGCUCAAAAUAUGGGUUUCCCCAGCGAGGAUCUGAAAACAAAUCGGUCUUUGUCCCUGUUCUCAACCUGGUUGAAUCAAAACUGCCAGCCCAACUUCAGGAAGAAUGUCUCACCACAGUCUGAAACUUCGUGUGGCCCCUACAAACCAGUGAAGGAUAUGGGACCAGAACGGCCUGUAAAGUUAGCACCGCAUGUAAAAUUUCAGAGCCAUGACACCAUUGGUGUGAUUGUGAUUCAGAGAAAUGGAACUAUUGCUGCAGGGACAUCGACUAAUGGUCUCAUCCAUAAAAUCCCAGGCCGUGUAGGGGAUUCACCGAUAGCUGGAGCAGGUGCUUAUGCCGAUAGCACAGCAGGAGCUGCAGCGGCUACUGGAAAUGGUGAUAUUAUGAUGCGAUUCCUUCCAAGCUACCAGGCAGUUGAAUACAUGAGAAUGGGGAUGGACCCACUCACGGCUUGUCAGAGAGUUAUUAGAAGAAUCCAAAAGCACUACCCAAAUUUUUUUGGGGCAUUAAUUUGUGCUAAUACAGAAGGGAAUUAUGGUGUUGCAUGCAGCAAAUCUUCAACAUUAGAUCAGUUUCAUUUUAUGAUAUACAAUCCCUCAACAGCUUCAGAAAAGAUAGUGAACUGCAUUUAAAGUUGCUGUCAUCCAUUUGUCAUUUUCUAAAGGAUUCUACAACUUGCGAAACUCAAAUCAUCUUGUGAAUAUAAAUACAAUUUUUUUUAAAAAUCUGCUAAUGUUCCUAGUGUUCUAUGUGCAUGCAGGUUAAACUUAUAAGAUUUUAGAGCCCUUUAUGAAGCUUGUGUCCAUUGCAUGUUGUAUUUGUUGUUCAUCACAUGUGCUGCUGUGUUGCAGUUUGACCAAGGUGGCAUAUUUGUAAUUAUGCUUAGUGCCAUCAUCUUACUGCAUGUCCUUACUUCUCAGUAAACUAGGUUCCCCCAACUCAUUCCAAUCAAGAUAUUGUGCCUUUGUGGGAAUUAUAUCACUUGCACUCUUAACUCAUCUCAGGAAGUGAGUUUUAAACAUUCGGUACAAUAAGAGUGAUUGUUAUGGUGUUUCAUUUUGUGGCAAGAAUAUUUUCAAUCAUAAACAGCAUCUAAGCAAUGUGGCUAGUUUCUGACCAACUGGGACCCUUGGGUUAGAGUUAAUGUCACAUGAGUAAGGGACAGUGGGGAUUGUCCUGACAACUUUGAUGAGUGUGGUGAACUGGUGAACUACAUAUACCUGUCUGGACACGCCCCCCCCCCCCCCACUGACUGCUCCUGUGGCUCCUCCCACUGACCCCAGUAUAAAGGUGAUUGGAGCCUGAGCCCCAGCCUCAGUCUCCAGGAUGUAGUGUGGUGGUCAAUUGCUGCUUGUACUUUCUUCCAGCCAAUAAAAGCCUAUGUUUCGCCUCACAUCUCCAAGAGUUAUUGAUGGUGCAUCAAUUAGUAUCUCACCUGCUGGAAGUUAUCAUUUCCUGGCAAGCUUGUGGGAGUAAUGUUACUUGCUAAUUAUUGUCUAAACUAAUUAUCAUCAUGGUUUUGUUACAUUAUCAUCGCGUUGUACCACCAAAACUGCCUUCUGUCUGCUUCUGAUGUAAUGGAGUGAGGCAAUUGAGGAAGUAGUUGAAGAAUGCAAUUGUUAAGCAUUGUUUUGGUACUCUAUAGAUUAGCCAACAACUUUUAAAAGUUCAUUCAUCUGGGUAUCACUGGCAGGGCUAGUAUUUAUUGCCUACUCCUAAUUGAUAAAACACUGCAGCUCUCUGGUGAAGGAAGGAACUCUUACGAUGCUGUAGUAGGAGGGUUCUAGGGCAAAGUCUACUGAAAUAUUCCCAAGCUAGAAUGUGUAUUUUGGAAGGGAACCUGGAAGUAGUAUUAUUCCUAUAAUUGUCUUCAGUGCUCAUCAGAAAUCACCCCACACCAAAUCCAUGAAAGUCCUCUAUUGGGGCUACAGCUUCAAGUACACAGCUGGUCCCAAAUAAUUCUACUCUGUGAUGAGCAAGUGGAAAUAGGAUAUUAAUUGGACAUAUCAGACUGGAGUUCAAUUGUUACAACACUAAAGAAAAUCAAAUUCAUAAUAUACAGAGUACAUAUCUAGUAACCAUUUAUACUUUUAAAUGUAUUAUAAAGAAAGCUAGUAAUAUUGUCACAUUUAAAACUGAUGAUUUUUAAAUUUAUUAAUAGAUACUUGCAAUAGAUUGACAAAGAAUCAGGGACAAAAGGUACUGAAACACACAAUACAA